GUUGUCACUUCGAAAAUUGCUGGUUCAAGUGAAUUUCUACAGAAAGUUUAUGAUUUAAUCGAAGAAACUGAUGAACGAGCAUUCAGUGGGCAUAGGUUACGCAUCGUACAUCAUGAAGAAAUCAACGAUGAUCAAGGCACUGAGCACAUCGAGGAACGUUUGAAUGCUUUGAAAAAAUCUGAAGCUAGAAUUAUUCUCCUCUACAGUACGUUCAAUGCAGCAAGGAAGAUUUUCCAGGUAGCAAAUGGCCUUGGUUUAUUGAGCAGUAAAUAUCUUUGGAUUGGAACACAAUCGGUGAAAGGUUCGAUGAGCAGUGCCACCUCACCGAUCCAACCGGGAAUGUUAUCGAUCAAUUUUCACACUCUGUCAAAUGCGAUGUUUCCACCAACAGACGAUGUUCUACCACUCAUUAUUGGUCUUGCUCCGAAGGUACGGUCGUCCUUCACCAAGUUGAUGGGCAUCUGA